AAAGAAAUGUCAAAAACAUGGUGAUGGUGAACUUAACUCGGGAAAUCUAUCUUCACUCAUAGUUUCCUUCCAUUCAGGAUAAUAUUGCUUGCACAUAUGACUAAAGCCCCUUUUAAAAGAAUCCCGUAGAAACUCCUCAUGGUCAUGGCAUCACUAAUUUCAACCUCAGCAUCCUUGUGUUCAACUUCAACAAGCACCAAAUCAGCUCUCUACCCUCUCCCCCCCUCUCCUCUAAUCCCGUAUCAUAAAGCACCCAAAUUUGGUCUCUCGACAUGGAUUCCUCAACUGUGUCUUGGUCCUUUCUCUCAAUGGAGUGGUUUAAAACAUCUGGGUAUCUCAUUCUCUCCCAAUUUCGUUGCUAAAGAGAGGAAAGGAAGGUGUAAGGGUAAGGUGAUUCAUGCAUCUUUGUUCGGUGUUGGGGCUCCUGAGGCUCUGGUUAUUGGUGUGGUGGCUUUGCUGGUUUUUGGUCCCAAAGGUCUUGCUGAGGUUGCACGCAAUCUAGGGAAAACUCUACGUGAAUUUCAACCCACAAUUAAAGAACUUCAGGAGGUGUCAAGGGAUUUCAAGAGCACCCUUGAGCGAGAGAUUGGGCUUGAUGAAAUUUCAAAUCAAACUCAAAACACAUAUAACUCAAAGAUAACAAACACUGCAUCAAACCCUUCAUCAGCUGGCAGCAUUGAUAUUUCUCCGACUGUGACUGACCCCAAUGGUGCUCCAUCCCCAAACAGAGCUUAUACCAGUGAAGAGUACUUGAAAAUCACAGAAGAGCAGCUAAAAGCAUCUGCUGCUGAACAACAGGGUCUGUCAACCCCUCCAGUAGAAAGUCAGUUGGAACCUGAAACUCAGCUUCGGCCACAAGAGCCCGUCAAAGAAACUGCUGGUGCGAUGCCUUCCCCAGAAAAGCCAGAAAAUGAAGUACAAAACUAUUAAGUAACACAGUGGAGAAGAACUGCUGCGGCUGUCCAUUUUUUGAUGUCGGAGAGGAGACUGCCUAAGCAUGAAUUAAUCAGGUGCUCAAGAACGAGAGCAAUGGAGCUCUAUCCACUCUUUUUUUGGGUGGCAGAGUGAAACAACAAGAGAGUAGCCUUUAAAAAGUCUAUAUGAAGAGGAUAUUGUGACGAUUAACAAGUGUAUGAUUCUUGAAUAUGUUGUAAAAUAUGAAUUUUUUGUGUUAAUGAACCUUUCGGAAUUAAUUA